AUGACGCCAUCCCGUGAUAAGCAAGACCCAGCUAUCGACAAGCGGGACUUUGAUGCUCAUCGCCCGUUACUAGAUGAUGCAGAUGCUGAGGCGGAUGAGCAGCAGCGAGGACACCUACGGUCACGGGCAGGGUCAUGUUUAUCGGCCACCAACAAUGACGAUGGUCUCCUAAAUGAUGUUGUCGACGAGAUCUUAGAAAGGGAUAGAAAGAAAAUGGCCAAGGAAGUGGUGCGGGUUAGCAGUUUUGCUUGGGGCGUUAUCAGCUGUCUUGGAGCUGGUAGCAUUACCGCAUUCUCGCUAUACGGACCCCUGUUGCUCACUCGCCUCCACUACACUCAACUCCGUGUCAAUGCUGUUGCGAUCGCCGCAGAAGUCUCGAUGUACCUACCUGUUCCGCUUUUUGGAUAUCUAUGCGAUCGGUACAGCCCAUCUCCGCUCGCUUUAUUCUCUGGUUUCGUGUUUGGGGCUGGCUACCUUCUGGCUGCACUGGCCUUUAAGAGUGGACCGCCUCCUGAUGCAGGUGGCGAGGGCUGGCCGUUUUGGGUGAUGAUCGUGGCUUUCAUUGCCAUUGGCGUUGCUACAAGUUGUAUGUACUUGGCUGCCGUCGCAACAUGUGCCAAGAACUUUGGCAGGGGUAAGCAUAAGGGUAUUAUGCUUGCUGUUCCUAUCGCGGGGUUUGGCCUUAGUGGCAUGUGGCAGAGCCAGGUGGGAACGUACUUCCUGUGUGACCGACUUGAAGAUGGUGCUCGUGGCGACGUCAACGUGUACAAAUACUUCUUAUUCCUCGCGAUCCUGUUAUUCUGCAUUGGUGUGAUUGGCACCUUUGCUCUGAGGAUCGUGGAUGAGAACGAAGAAAAGUACAUUGAUGAGGCAGUAGAGGAAUUAGAGCGGAGUGGCCUUCUUGAAGAGAGCGAGUUCUUCCGGCCCAGGAGCGAAGUCCAGGCUGCUUAUGGAACGUUUUCGCAGGCCGACGACGGCACCGGAUCCGACGGUGACCAAACUCUGACACUCUCAGAAGAGGAGCGAGAAGCAGCAAGACUUGAGAAGGAAAGGGAGGAAGAAGAGCGUCGGAAGAAGAACUGGCUGCUGAACUAUGAGACGAGGAUCUUCCUCCAGGACAAGUCAAUGUGGUGGCUUGCGAUUGGCUUCUUCCUGGUCACUGGACCAGGAGAGGCAUAUAUCAAUAACCUGGGCACUAUUGUCCAAUCCCUGACUCCCGUAUCAAAUAUUACAAACGCCUCGUCACCUGCAGGCCUACCAUCAACCCAUGUCAGCACCAUCGCGCUGACCUCCACCAUUGCCCGACUUCUCACCGGCUCGCUCUCCGAUCUUUUCGCCCCGCCAGCAACCCAUCUCUUCCCCGGUCCUUUAGAAAGUAGUCGCCCUGCCUCCAUCACAUCGGCGACCAACCGCACCACCUUCACCCGUCUUGCAUUCCUUCUCCCCUCCGCCUUCCUUCUCUCCAUCGGCUACCUUCUUCUCUCCUCCCCUAUCCCCCUCCAAUACCCCGGCUUCACCCACCUCACCACGGCCCUGAUAGGUCUCGGCUACGGCAGUGCCUUCUCCCUCGUUCCCAUUAUCAUCUCCGUCGUCUGGGGCGUCGAAAACUUCGCCACCAACUGGGGUAUCGUUGCCAUGGUUCCAGCCGCUGGAGCAGCCGUCUGGGGUUUAGUGUAUUCGCAAGGAUACCAGGACGCCAUGGACGACGGAAACGGCACAAAUGACGGCCAAUGUCAUGGCUGGAGGUGCUUUGGGUUCUGGGCCGUGGGGUGUACGGUAAGCGUCUGGAUAGCUAUUGGGGCUUGGUUGAUCGCGUGGAAGUAUUGGAGACGGCGAGGCGUUGUUGUUUAA